AGCUUCCUGUCACCGGAGGACGUAGCUUUGAGCACUUUGUGAGCGCGAGCUGACGCUGCCCGGUUGCGGGGGAAAUUAGCUGGCUGCAGCCUGCUGCUGGGGACACCUCUCUCGGACUCCCGGAGCCUUCAUUGCAGUAAACAUGGCAGCAGAGAUCUCAACGUCCAUCAACAUCAAGGAGCCUCGGUGGGACCAGAGCACAUUCGUGGGUCGAGCCAAGCACUUCUUCACCGUCACGGAUCCCAGGAACGUUCUCCUGACCAACGAGGAGCUGGCACACGCUCACAGGAUCAUCACAGACUACAGGAAAGGCGUGGUCUCCCCGGGCCUGACUGAGGAUGAACUGUGGAGAGCCAAGUACGUGUUCGACUCGGCUUUCCAUCCCGACACCGGAGAGAAGAUGAUCCUGAUCGGCCGCAUGUCAGCGCAGGUCCCCAUGAACAUGACCAUCACCGGCUGCAUGAUGACGUUCUACAAGACAACCCCCGCCGUGUUGUUCUGGCAGUGGAUCAAUCAGUCGUUCAACGCCAUCGUCAACUACACAAACCGGAGCGGCGACGCUCCAAUCACAGUCAAUCAGCUUGGCACAGCUUAUGUGUCUGCCACCACGGGGGCAGUUGCCACUGCUCUAGGACUAAAUGCACUAACAAAGCACGUCUCCCCUCUGAUUGGACGGUUUGUUCCAUUUGCUGCUGUAGCUGCUGCUAACUGUAUCAACAUCCCUCUGAUGAGACAGAGGGAGCUCCAACACGGCAUCCCCAUAACGGAUGAAAACGACAACAGGCUCGGGGAGUCGACGAAAGCUGCGCAGCAGGCCAUCUCUCAGGUCGUGGUCUCCAGGAUCCUCAUGGCCUCUCCAGGGAUGGCUAUCCCCCCAUUUUUAAUGAAUCACCUGGAGAAGAAAGCUUUUCUGAAGCGGUUCCCAUGGAUGAGUGCACCUAUUCAAGUCAGCCUGGUGGGAUUCUGCCUGGUGUUUGCCACGCCCCUGUGCUGCGCGUUGUUCCCUCAGAAGAGCUCCAUGUCAGUCAGCCGCUUGGAGCCGGAGCUGCAGGAGAAAAUCCGAGCCAGCCACCCCGGCGUGGAGAGGGUCUACUUCAACAAGGGGCUAUGAGUGUGUGCGCCCCCACUCCCCUCCCUCCAAUGGGAUAAAUCUUGUGCCAGCAGGAAUUGAAUUUGAAUUGCUCAGAUUGAAUCUGUAUAAUCUGAAACUGAAUGC